AUGGAAAACAAAGGAGCCUCCACCGUUUGUCCUCUCGAUCCUGGCAGUCCACUGUUCUUUCCUCAUGCCGCUUUCCACUUCCCCCCGAAGGAUAAGAAAGAGGCGUACGACUUCAUCGACAAGGCAGUGUCUAGGCCUCAAAAGGCAAACGCUCGAGGCCUGCAUCGCUCGUGUAGAAAGGAAGGAUCCCGACUAUGCUCUGGAUGUAUCUAUGCUCGCGAUCAAGUCCUCGGACCCGUGAACGCUCCUGUCGAGGUGAUCCCAUCCGACAGCGAAGAAGAUGACGACGAGGAUGAGGACAGCAACCCCUGGAAGCGUGUGAAAAAUGACAAGAAAAACGAAGCGUCCAAUUCGAACCUUGAGCCGGCGAUGAAGGAGCUUGGCAAACUGGAUGGUGUGAGUGUUUCCGCGAAUAACUUUGAUCUUAAAUGGGAUUGCGACCUCGAAGGGGUCGGAAUGAUGGAUGAGGACAUCCCAAACGUGCCGGACAGAAAGCCUUCUCCACCUCGCGACUUCUUUAGGUCCCAAAUCCGAGCUCCAUGUGCACUGAUCAAGGAACUUUCAGACAGAGACCAAGAAAUCGCGAUGGCAUUCAUCAAAGAUCUUGCAGUUCAGCAUCAGAAGCGUUCAUUAGAAAAGAAGAAACUGCAAAAGAAGAUCAAUCAGAUGCUACGAAGGGUCACCGCGAUAUCAAGGGAGCUUCACACCCUUAACACCAUCCUUGACCUCGCUAGCCAAGGAGUCUAA